AUGUUUCUGUGUUGCGCGGCUGGACCCGUGGUCAAGACCUUCGAGGUCACCUCGGAGGCCAUCACGCACCAGCGCACGCUCAGCUCUCUCAAUGCCGACGUGACGUGCGUCCGGUACAACCACAACGGCAGAAUAUUGGCGAGCAGCAGCGCGGAAGGCGGGAUCUGUCUGGACGUCGCGUCCUCGGGCGAGCUGCUGUCGAGGUUCUUCUAUCCAGGUGAAACACCCGCGAACCGACGAGUAAAUGCAGUGCAGUUCAGCAGCGGCUCAAGGUUUCUUGCGUCCGGUGGCAGCGAUGGCUUUAUACGACUAUGGGACCUCAAGACGCAGGAAGUCAUGCAGACGUACAAUAUCAGCGCGAGUGCUGUCACGUCCGUAGCAUUUAGCGGCUACAAGGACGAAUACAUCGUUGGAGGCAGCGCAAGUGGGGCAAUUUCUGUAUGCGAUGUCCAAACAGCGGAGACAGCGGGAUUUCUUACAGUGGAUCCAGCUCACGGGGUGCACAAAGUUAUGGCGAUUCAGGCGUCUCCGCAUCCGUACGCUCGUCACGCUCUUGGCUCUACGUACUCGGACGGUUCCGUGCGUGUUUGGGACUUGAGUACGGGCCAAAUGACCGCGGAGUUUGUACGACAGCACGAGGCGCCUUCAACCGCGUUAACGCUCUCGCCCGUAAGCAAAGUCUUGCUCGCGACAGGAGGCCUCGACGGCCGAGUGAUUUUCUACGAUACCCUUCAGCGGAAGGAGCUGCGAUCGUUAGACUUGGAGCAACCUGUGUCGUCGUUGGCGCUGUGUGCUGAUGGGAAAACGCUUGCCAUGGGGACCACAACGGGCGAGAUUCUUGUGUACGACCUUCGAGGAGCGAUCACGCCGCUCUUCUCCACGCUCGUGCACGAAACCUCAGCAGUGCAAUCGCUGCAGUUUUCACCGCCGAUUCCCGAUAGCGCUACCACGGGAAUGAUUCCGGAAGGGUUACCCGUGGUGUCGGCUGAGCAUGUAUCGCCCUGCAAAGGAGCGACACUGCAAGAGAUCGCACUGCGAAAGCUCGAAACGCUAGGCAUGGGAAGCCCAACAAGGAAGCCCCAGGACCUGAACUCCGAGGCCAGAUCAUCACCGCCAGCGUCCCCCACUCGGUGUGCCACUCGAUCGGGUGUCCGGCCAUUCGUCAACCCCCUUAGUCCCCAGCGCUCGGACUUUGGGUCAGUUGCACAACCCGCAGACGAGAGGCGACAAUCCGAGCCGUCCCCGGUAUCAUUCCUGUCCACUUUAUCACGAAACCCGUCGAACGAGACGAACAGCAGCAGCUUUUAUCCUGGAAACUCUCCGCCAAGGCAAGCAGAUUUCGGGAGCACUACCAUACGCGCCGAGAUCCAGCGUUUAGGGGAGGAAAUGGAGUUGCGGCGUCAGGAGGAGGUCGACCAGCUUUCCAGCUUGCUUGAGACUUUGAUGGAUCGCUUCAACGCUGUGGUGGAGGAAAACCGGUCGUUGCGUCAGGAAAACGAAUGGUUGAAGUCGCACGUGCCCGCAUCCUAG